UAUAACAACAACCGCUCAGGCAGGGCUGAUGGGAACAAGAAGAGAAAACGUGACCUCCUCGCCCUGCAUCAUUGACGAAUCCUACAAAUACAUCUUCCUCCCCCUCUGCUAUUCCUUCACCUUUGUCUUCAGCCUCUCGCUCAACUCAGUGGUCCUCUACCGCUCCUUCCGCCGCACCAAGCGCUGGAACGCCUCACUCAUCUACAUGGUCAACCUGGCCUCCACUGACCUGAUGUACGGACUCUCGCUGCCCCUCCUAGUCGCCAGCUACGUCAUGAGAGACCACUGGGUCUUCGGGGACUUCAUGUGCCGCCUGGUACGCUUCCUCUUCUACUUCAACCUGUACUGCAGCAUCUUCUUUCUCACCUGCAUAUCUGUGCACCGCUACUUGGGCAUCUGCCAUCCGAUGAGGACUGUCACCAUGGAGACAAAGAGGGCUGUCAAGGGGACCUGUUUGGUGGUGUGGGCUGUGGUGUUCAUAUUGACCAGCCCCAUCUUUCGCUUUGCUCAAACAGGUAACCUCACCAGAACAGUACAAGAAGGUAGCCGGGCAGGGAUGGGAGUCAAUGCCGGACCAGUAGAGGUCAUUCAGAAUUGCUGGGAUGAUGCCAUUGACACGGAGUUCCGGAUUUAUAUCCCAUACGGCAUAGUUCUCCACCUCUUGGGGUUUUUUGUACCAUUCACCAUCAUCGCCUGGUGCUACUCCCGUGUAGUCCUGACGAUCAUUCGAACCCUGCGCCUGCAGCCGUCCAUGCACGGAGUGGAGGUAGGAGGAAGUCCAAAAAGCAGUGGAAGAGCAGGGAAGAGAAGAGGUGCUGUGUCUGUCACCCUGGGGCCACAGUCCUCCUACGUUCGCCGCCGUCAUAAAUCCAUCAAAACCAUCAUCACCAUCACCCUACUCUUUGCACUGUGCUUCUUCCCCUUCCACGUGACUCGAACCCUUUUCCUCAUACUCAGAGUCACUAAGGGGGUGGAAUGCAACACCAUGAGGAUGGUUUCCAUCUGCUACAAGAUCACCAGGCCGCUGGCUUCAUUCAAUGCCUGGCUCAAUGCCCUGCUGUACUUUCUCACCAAGGAGAAGGGAGCCCGCUGCUGCCCUGCACCUGACCCUGCGCUCCAUGGCCUCCUCUGGCCCCUACGGAUGCUUGGAAGAGGGGAAGAUGAAGAGAAAGGAGGUAGGGAGGCAGAAAAUAAUAUAGACAAUGAAUCAAAAUCAUCAGGAAAUAUCUUCCGAGGCCUGGCUUAG